AUAAUGUACACUACACAAUGAGUAUUAAUGGGAAAGUGCAGGAGGGGUCGAUGGAAAUAGAUGCUGGGAACAACUUGGAGACCUUUAAAACUGGAAGUGGUGGGGAAGAAGCUAUUGAAGUUCAUGAUUUUCAGAUUGGUAUAACUGGAAUCCGUUUCGCAGGAGGAGAGAGAUGUUACAUUAAAGCCCAACCUAAAACACACCUUCCUGAAGUCAACGCAAUGAUGAAGGAGAGUCUUUCUUUUGAUCUGGAAGAUGAAAUCAUGCCAGCAAAAUUUGAUGAAAACUCCCUCAUUUGGGUUUCUACAGACCAGCCUAUAAAAAAUAACAAGUUCCUGAGUCCCAAAAUUUUAGAGCUCUGUGGAGAUCUGCAGAUUUUCUGGCUUCGACCAUCAUAUCCGAAAGCAGAGCAAAGGCGAAGGAGAGGAGCUACAAGGAAAGCACGUCAGACUCAGUCAAACUUCGACAUGGACCAAUUUGAAGCUGCUGCUGAAGAAGUCAAUACACGGCCACGUACCAACCAGCGAGCUCAGCAGCGUGAACGUCCGUCUAAUGCUACCCAACCUCCUGUGCAUGACAAUAGGCCACCCUUUAACCCAGACAAUCCCUACCAUUUAGAAGGUGGUGAAGGGAUGAGCUUUGACCCACGUCUGGAUCAUGAAGGUGUCUGCUGCAUCGAGUGUAGACGGAGCUACACACACUGCCAGCGGAUCUGCGAGCCUCUCCUGGGCUACUACCCAUGGCCUUAUAACUACCAAGGAUGCCGUUCUGCUUGCCGACUUAUUAUGCCUUGCAGUUGGUGGGUUGCCCGCAUCUUGGGCAUUGUAUAAAGUUGAGUGGAGUAUAUAAUGCAUGGAGUCUUGGACU